AUUCCAAAAACGUCAGUAUAAAUAAAAGGGUUCCCUUCCUUGUUCUCCACUCAUCUGCUUAAAACAUAACAUUUCCAUUAACCCCAAAAAAAGCUUUCAAGAGCAAAGAAAACAGAGCUAUCCAAGAGACAAGAUGGUUGCCAAAGUCUACAUUGUUUAUUAUUCCUUGUAUGGACAUGUUGAGAAGCUUGCCCAAGAGAUCAAGAAAGGAGCUGACUCUGUUGAGGGAGUAGAAGCCAAAAUUUGGCAGGUACGGGAGACACUGCCAGAGGACGUUCUCGGAAAAAUGCAUGCACCACCAAAGACCGAUGCCCCCAUCAUUACGCCAGACGAGCUUGCAGAAGCCGAUGGUUUUCUUUUUGGCUUUCCGACUAGAUUCGGUAUGAUGCCUGCCCAAUUCAAAGCCUUCUUGGACUCAACCGGUGGUUUAUGGAGAACACAAGCUCUAGCCGGCAAACCUGCCGGGCUUUUCUACAGCACCAGCGCCCAGGGAAGCGGACAAGAAACUACCGCCCUAACUGCAAUCACUCAACUUGCUCAUCAUGGUAUGGUUUUUGUGCCCAUUGGAUAUACCUUUGGUGCCGGUAUGUUCGAGAUGGAACAAGUGAAGGGUGGAAGCCCUUAUGGUGCCGGAACUUUGGCUGGGGAUGGCUCGAGACAGCCAACUGAGCUCGAGCUUGCACAGGCUUUCCACCAAGGGAAGUAUUUUGCCGGCUUUGCAAAGAAACUUAAGGGAUCAGCUUGAUGAUAAUUUACUCAUGAAAUUGCUAUAUUUUCAGCUUUAUGAACAUGUGUUUGUUUUUAUCAUUUUCAUUUUACUUGUUCGAGAUCUCGAUCUCCAUAGAAUAAAUUAUAUGCUUAAUUGGGGAUGGAUUUGUUCUCAUACACUUACAUUGUUUCUUUAAGAGUAAAUCAGUAGAUUUGUUAUCUCGAUUGUUAAAC